GGCCGGGAGGCCGAUGUCGAAAUCGCUUCCCAGCAGAGCCGGGCUGGCUUCGGGCAGGGCCGGCAUGGAGCAGCUCCUGAAGCAGGUGCUGGGGCCCCUGGAGAAGAAGGGCGAGCGGGAGCUGCAGCGCAUCAGCAAGAGGGUGCAGAAGUGUCUGGUGAGGGAGGGGGAGAAGCUCUUCGCCGAGGACAGCCCGGAGGGAGGGGCGGAGCCGGCCGCGGGUAUUAACGACCGCGGGGACAGCGCCGAGCACGACGGGCUGGAGGUGGCCGUGAAGGUGCUGACAGACCCGGACCGCAUCAGAGACCUGGCAGAGGCACUCGGCACAGACGUGCCCCCUGAAUCUGCAGCCACUGCUGUGCAGAGCGAGCCCCUUCCUACCGGUGCCACAGCCGGAGCAGCAGUUGUCCUGCGGAGCCCGGAGGUAUCGGAAAUAUUCCAGUCUCAGCCGCUGGUGGAGGGCAGCCACGUGGCCUUCAGCUGCUUCAUCGCAGGGUACUUCCCCCAGGAGCUAACUGUGACCUGGCUCAGGAGGGAGAGUGGAGACAGUGUGGCCACACCCAUCGAGGACUCCGCUGAUUACGCCAUCAUCCACAAGGAGACCUGCGCCAAAGACAGGGAGACCUACCAGCAGAUGGUGACGCUGUCCUUCACCCCAUCGGCACAGAGACACCAAGGGGCAGAGUUCAUCUGCCAGGUGGGACAUGUGGCCCUGCAGACCCCCAUUGAGAGGAGCACCGGGACGCUGGAGGUCAAAGGUGUAGCUACCCCCGAUGCCAAGGAAGUUGCGCCCAACACCAGGGAAGUUACUCCUGUUUCCAAGGAAGUUGCCCGCAACUCCAGGGAAGUUACUCCUGUUUUCAAAGAAGUUGCCCCCAACAUGAGGGAAGUUACUCCUGUUUCCAAAGAAGUUGCCCCUGACUCCAGGGAAGUUACUGCUGUUUCCAAAGAAGUUGCCCCUGACUCCAGGGAAUUUAAGCCCAUUUCCAGGGAAGACCGAGGAAGCACAGCUGGUAGAAAAGAGACACACUUUGUGGACCGUCACCGAGAACAGCUCAUCCAGCGAGUAACUCUGGUCGAGGGCGUCCUGGAUAAGCUGCUGGGUGACGUGUUGGACAUUGAGCAAUACCUGACCAUUACAGCCGAGAGAACCAACCCAAUGAAAAUGCGGAAGCUAUAUGAGUUCAUGGUGAGCUGGAACAAGUACUGCAAGGACCAGCUCUACGAGGCGCUGAAGGACAAGUGCAAGUUCCUUGUUGCAGAUCUGGAAGGGGAAUGAAGGCAAUGAACACCCCACCACCACACACACACACACACAGUGCCUUUCCCUUUGCUUCCAGUGUCUGUUCCAGGGAGGAAAACCAAUUUCUGGCUCUUCCCCAUGUUUCCAAAGAUGUGACAACUGGUUAAGACGAGGGCUGCGUGAAAACUUCCCCUUGAAAUUAUUUUUCAAUGGAAAAUCAGGUUUUUAACAAGAUAAAAUAUCUACUUUCUGAGGGAAAAAAAAAACUAUUGUUGAAAAAACAAACACCCAAACCAAAAAUAUUUCAGCCAAAACUUGAAAUAUUUCAAUUUGGGUAUAACUUAUGGGAGUUGUAGUUCACUUGCCUCAUCCUCAUUCUCAUCUAUGGACCAGGGACCUCAGCUGGACUACAUUUCCCGUGAUGCACCAUGGACAGGGAUUCCCAUGAUGCAACUGCCUCCUCACCAAAAGGAGAGACCCUGGUGCAUGCUGGAGGCCAGACUACAGUGGAGAAUGGGGUCACAGAGCACCCAAAUUUCAACUCCCGUUG